AUGGCCUCGAGCAUCCUGGUGUUUGCGCCCUACGGAGACUUGACCUUCGUCCUGCAGAGUCUGGUGAAGGAGCCGCGGCGGAAGGGCAGCUCGUUGCUAUCCUACAGACCCCACAAGAGCAAGUUCGCCAAGGUGUACAUGCGGGUGUCGUCGCGACUGGUGAUGCGGGCGUCGCCCGUGUUCAAGGCCAUGCUGAAGCACAGUUUCCGGGAAGGCCUGACUCUGCGCUCCACGGGCAAGGUCGAGAUCCCCUUGCCCGACGAUGAUCCCACCGUGUUUGCGCUGCUCAUGGACAUCGUGCACGGGAACAUUGUGCACCGGGGUCGGCCGCCGCCGCCGAUGGACACCCUAUUCCUCACCAAAAUCGCCAUCCUGGUCGACAAGUAUCGGCUGCAAAAGCAUGUUGCCAUGCACUCGAACGCGUGGGUGGAGUCCCUGCGAGGGGAGAUUCCGCAGACCUUCGGCCCAGACCUGAUCCACUGGCUCUGUAUCUCCUGGGUCUUCCGCCGGCCGGCCGAGUUCAAUUUUAUAACCCGCAUUGCGGAGAGGGAGAGUCUCGGGCAGGACCUGGACACGUACUCCCCCGCACUGAAGGAGAAUCUACCCAUACCGGAGCGGAUAAUAGGUAGGCCACGCUCCCAGCACCGAAACGGGGAUCGCCAACUGACACGGCCAGAUAAUAUCCUGUCCAGGCGGCUCAAGGCAAUCCAGAGUUGCUUCGACGUCAUCGGACGCUACAUUGAUGUUCUGCAGGCGAAAAAGCCGCGCUGUACAUCCUCCCGGAGCGAGUCGCAUAGAUAUACAUGCAAUAACAUCCUCCUAGGAUCUCUCCUCGAAAGCUCCACCAGUCUCGGACUUUGGCCCCCGGCCGACGCGCCCUACAAGGACCUGAAUUUCACGUUCCUGGCCCGCGAGGUGAUGCAGAUCAAGGUCGUCUCGUUCUGUAGCAAGAUGGGGUACACGAACCAUCCGACGGGCUCGCAUGGGGUGAAAGCCGAGAUCGGAUCGGCGCUGGUGAAGUUGAAGACGCGCUUUUCCGGGCUGCACCUGAAAGAUUACGAUUAG